UAAAAUAUUAAAAAAUAAGUUAUUUGCUUGAUAAUAAAGAAAAAAGCAAAUAACAAAUAUGGCCUGUUUAAAUGUAUGUAGUUAUAAAUGUGUGCAAGCAACAACUUGCACAGGAAAGCGUCACAAAUCUGCACAAGUUUUGGCAAGUCUCAAAAAAGAGACAGCUGAUUAAGAAAGCGUCUUUUUGCAGAUAAAGUGGUUUUCAAAGUGUUAUUUCAAUAGUGUUUUGUUUAAUAAAUUAAAUAAAAUAGUGAAAAAGUGAGAAGCAAAAUGAGUAAUACAGCCGCUAAUAAGAAGCAAAUGCAUCCACGUAAUAUUUUCCGCCAACCACCGGAUUACACAGAAUUGGCCAUCAAAUAUCCAGAAUUUCGUGGGGUUUGCAAAUUGGAAUUGUGUGGCAAAGUUUGUAUUGAUUAUAAAAAUGAAACUGCCUUAAGAGCUUUGACCCAAACUUUGUUAAGGGAAUAUUUCCAAUUAAUUGUGGAAUUUGCUCCCGGUAGUUUAGUGCCCACUUUGCCUUUACGUUUGAAUUAUAUACUAUGGCUGGAGGAUAUAGUGCCACUUGAAGUAAAGGAAACACCUAUAAAAGGCAUAGACAUUGGUUGUGGUUCUUCGUGCAUUUACAGUUUACUAGCGGCCAAGAAAAAUAACUGGCAAAUGUUGGCUUUAGAAGCGAAUACAACAAAUUUGCAAUAUGCCGCUAAAAAUAUAGAAAAUAAUAAACUUUCUUCCUUAAUAACACUCUAUCCCCAAAAACAUACAAACCAAAUAUUCCAAGAAUACUUUAAUGAAGAAAACUGCAAAUCCCCUCAACAAACUUAUGAUUUCUGUUUAUGCAAUCCACCCUUUUUCGAUUCGCAAAAUGAGAACAACCAUAAAUCUCGUAAAUCUAAUAAAAGACCUCCACCUCACAAUUGUCCCACCGGCUAUAAGGAAGAGUUAAGUUGUCAGGGUGGUGAGGUUAAGUUUGUUGAACAAAUUAUAGAAGAAAGUUUAUUGUUUAAACAUCAAAUAAGAGUCUUCACCUCAAUGUUGGGCUUGAAAAGCAGUUUAGUAGAUGUUUUAAAUAUUCUUAAACGCAACAAUAUUUUAAAUGUUUGCUCAACCGAAUUUCAUCAGGGUAAUACCACUAGAUGGGGUGUGGCCUGGUCUUUUGAAGAGAAUAUUGAUUUAAGAAAAUUUCAAUAAAUUUGUUAAAAUGUUACAAUUUUAUUAUUUUAAAGGAAAAUGUGUUUAUUUUAAUGACGUUCGAAAUUUGGCUUUAAUUAGUUUUCGGUUUAGAGAAUUUAGUUUUUAUUUUUAUUUUAUAUCCACUGUCCUUUAAAACAAGAGGCCAUCGUAUUUUUACUUUUGUAGAGGUUUGCUCGAGAAUUUUAUAGAUUUUAUUCACAUGUCCAAAAAUUUUUUUUAGAUUUUUGCUUUAGAAUAAGAAUAUCAACUUACGUCUUCAUUAUUUAAAGCUUUUUAUAAUUGUAAUUGCAAAAGCUUUUAGUAAUUAGUUCUCCAUUGUUCAAUUUAAUUGUAGCAUCAUUUUGGUUAGGUGUUUGUUCAAGACUUUAUACUUCUACAACUUCCGAAACGACUUAAUAAUACAAUUUGUUUAGGAAAUGAAAUCAUUUUUCAACAAAUCUCGUAAUAAAAGUUUUAUAUAUGUAUAGAAGGUAGGAAAAACUAACUGCCCGUUCCUCUAAAUGUAAACGAACAUUGCUUUAUCAUUUUAUAUGGAAAUUUUUCAAAUUUAUUUGUUGCUUUUAAUAAAUUACCAGAAAAAACUUCUUCGUUCGCCUUCCAAGGGUCAGCAUUUAAAAUUUGUAAAUAA